ACAUCCCACAGGUCCAGAACUGCCAGACGGUAGUGGGGUGGCCGGCUAGGCUGUGGGGAGCAUGGAGAUUUAUCUGCAAAGGAGGACCUGGACAAAUGUGCCCCCACAUCCUCUCAGGCGAGGAGAAUGGACGGGAGAGAGAGGCCGACCCGUGUUUCCCGUGUUGCUGUGUACGGAGGAGCGAGUGCGAGGGACCGCGGUGUGGACAGGGACAGGCAAGGCGGGAGACGAGGAAAAACGAAAGCCACAUCGGUGGCGGGUGCUCUGCACACAACUCGCUCCCUACUGCACGCUCCCCACUCCGCACUCAGCCGAUCCGGGGACGGGAGCAGGAGGGCUGCACCCGGACUCCGGGACAGGCCCAGUUGAAAACAGCGGGGCGAAGGGUCGGGUGGAGACGCCCGCGACGCCAAGGCUGGGGUCCCGGAACGCGAGGGGAGGAGGGUGGAAGGCAAAGGCAACUUCGGGGAAACUGGAAAAGGCGGCUGGACCUCAGCGACACUGCGUACCUCCCCGCGCACAGCCCCUGCCGCGCAAACCGGCGCCAAAGGGGCGGUCGCGCGGCGCGCCCCGAGCGGAGCUCAGGGGAUGGUGCGCCCGGGCCUUCUGCUGGGCACAGCCCAGCCCAGGACCGCUGGCGGUGCAAACCCAGCCUGGCGGGUGCAAGCGCGGGGCAGGGCCUCUGCGCCCGGCCCCCUCCCCUGAGUAGAAAAGCAGCCGCAGGCUGUGGCGCCCCACCACGCCGUCCGGGUGAGCCUUGCAGUCUCUCCAUUUAUCGCUUCAGAUCUCCAGCCUUACCGCGGCUCGAAAUUGAUCCCAACUGCUCCUGCACUACUGGGGGCUCCUGCUCCUGUGCCAGGUCCUGCAAGUGCAAAGAGUGCAAAUGCACCUCCUGCAAGAAAAGCUGCUGCUUCUGCUGCCCCAUGGGCUGUGCCAAGUGUGCUCAGGGCUGUGUCUGCAAAGGGGCAUUGGAGAAGUGCAGCUGCUGUGCCUCAUGUGGGCACGGCUCUUCUCCCAGAUUUUAAUAGAGCAACCAGCACAACCUGGAUUUUUUUUUAAUACAACCCUGAGCCAUUUGCUGCAUUUCUUUUCAUAUUAAAUAUGUGAAUGACAAUAAAACAAUUUUGACUUGAA